CCACACAUCAUUCAACAAAAUGGCACCGAAAAGGCGGGCGGUGGUGACCGCCAAGAAAGUGGUGGAGGAAACCGUGGAAUUGGUGGUCACUCCAUCAGAAGGCGAUGAGAGGAGAGUGAAAUUGGUCUCCUCUACCAAAACAGCCAACGAAAAUGUGGAGGUCGUCACCUCCGCCCUCACCGCUCCUCAAGAUGAACCGGAAAAGGCUCCCACGCCGCCUGAAACACCGCAGGCGGAGAGGACAGUGAGGCCGAAAAGGAAGGCGGAAGAAGGAGCGAAGAAAGCGGAGAAGAAGAAGCGGAGGAAGAGAGGAGGGGAAGGGUACAAGACGUACCUGUUCAAGGUGAUGAAGCAGGUGCAUCCCGAUAUGGGGAUAUCGGGGAAGGCGAUGGUGAUUCUAAACAACUUGAUGGUGGACAUGUUCGAGAGGUUGGCGGAGGAGGCGGCGCGGCUGCACAAGUAUACGGGGAGGCGGACGAUGUCGUCCAGGGAGAUUCAGGGCGCUGUGAAGCUGGUGCUGCCGGGGGAGUUGGGGAAGCAUGCCAUUGCUGAGGGCACCAAGGCUGUCACUAAUUACAUUUCUUAUGUCACUGCUCACUAGCUUAUUCCACUCUACUUAAGUAUGUCAGUAUGUGUAAGUUUAGUACCAGUUGUUGUUAGGGUUUGUUUAGUUUGGAGAAUGAUGUAUUUAGGGGAUUUAACUCUUUUAUAUGUACUGUUAUCUCA